AUGGAGGCCCGCCGCGUCGCCCAAUUGGCGCUCUGCCGGCCGGCCGCAACUCCGGCUACGAUCCUCUCCCGCUUCCUUGCAGCAGCAGCAGCAACGCCACUCUCCCGGUCGGCGACGAUUCUCGCGAGACCGUUCUCAACAACGGGCCGCCGUCUCGACAAAAAACUGCCGUCCAGCCCGGCCGCAUGGCCGCCUCAGCGGCCGGCCCAGACACCACAGACACCACAGACAGCCAAAAACAGCAGCGAUCCGCUCAAGGACCUCUACUCGUCCGACAACCCGGCGCAGUGGGCAAUGUGGUCCAGCGACGACUUUUACAAGCGCCAUAUGGCCAGCAAGCCGCGUGGGCCCAAGCUGCAGCUGCGGCCGUCGACCGGACGCACCGUGCACGUCGGCGGCAACGUCGACCAGGCCCGGGCUUUUCAGCUGGUCAACAUCAACUGUCGCCGCAAUGGCGUCGCUGCCGACUUUUACCGCCAGCGCUUCCACGAGCGGCCCGGCCUCAAGCGCAAGCGACUGCGCAGCGAGCGCUGGCGGCGGCGCUUCCGCGAGAGCUUCAAGGCCACUGUCGAGCGCGUCAAGGAGCUGGCCAAGCAAGGCUGGUAG